CAUCCCUUCACGUCCAUUUCAGAGCCUCUUAUCCAUUCUUAUCCGUUCUAUCAUGGCCGGAAGCAUGAAGAAAAAAAAAAUCCAUUGAAUUUUAGAGAAAAUCACAUGAAUUUCGAACUGGUAGUCAAUAGAUUUAUCCAUACGUGGUGAAAUUGGGAAUGGGUAGUCAUCAUAACGUGUGGACGGCGGCGAAUCCAUUGAAUGUGAAGAAGUUGCUGACCCCGUAGGCCCUCAUUCCAUCCAUUCAUUUUCAUUCCCAUUGUUUGUCCGAUUGUGUUGGCUUUCACGGCGCCAUAGAUUUUGUUUGUGGUUCCAAUUUCUUCCCUUGCAUUUGCUUCCCCUUUGUCCCUCACUACAAAUUUUGCAGCUGUUCAUCUCCCUUUUCUAUUGUCUAAUCUGUUUUGGUCCUUCGGACAGGUUCAUUCCUUUUUCUCAUUGAUCCUUCCAUGGCAUUAACUGCAAUCAAGGUUUCGAGCAGCCCAGUAGUGACCACAAAAGUCAAAGUUUCUAGUCAUGGGCGGCGGAACUCAUAUGGAAAACCUUUGUGCUUUACCCUGUCACGCAAACCUGCAGUGUUAUGCUCCUCAACAGGGACUCAUCAUACAGAUACUAAAGAAUGUGCUAUGCCUUCUGAUAAUCCUGCAGGUUUAAGAUGUGCCCAAACAGGAGAUGAUAAAGAUAAGCAGCCGACCGUGCCUAGAAGGACCAUUAAGUACAACCCUGGAAUAGCUGAAGCCUGUCGGUUUGCGUACAAUGAUGCAAAAUUUGUAAAUGAAAGGGCUCGCAAUGAUAUUGUAUUGCUUUCUCGUGGCAUAAUGAGACUGGAUGCACGUGCACGUCAAGAUGUUGCUGUUCUUGGAUCUAAGUUUCUUAAGCUUGAUGCUCGAGCUAGAGAGGAUACAGAAACAAUUGACCGUAAUGUGAAGAAAAAAGCUGAGCGACUGCGACGCAUUGCUACAGCUUUGAGAGAAAAGGCUCAAUCUAGUCUGAAAAGUGCUGCAGAUGAGCAUUGGAGUGAUGGAGCCUUAGAGGCUGAUUUGCGCAUGGCUGAUUUCCGUGCUAAACAGCGGGCAAUGGAAGAUGCCAUGACGGCUUUAGAGUUUGUCAAAAAUAUACAUGAUAUGAUGGUGAGAAAGAUGUACAAAUUUCCUCUGUCUAACGAACCCGGGUUUCCAAUUGCCAAUGGCGUGAUGGGCCGUAUAAAACUAGAAAAAAACGGCAAGAGUCUCGAUUUCUUAACCGGUGAACUAUCAACUGAUCGCAUUUCUGCUAUUCAGGAAAUCUAUUGGAGCAUGGCCUCUGCCCUCUCUGAAGCUGAUGGAAUUGAUUAUACUGAUCCAGAUGAGCUCGAGCUGUUGAUUAGAACUCUCAUGGAUCUUGAUGCAAUGGAUGGCAAAAGCAGCGUAUCGCUACUUGCAGAAUGUUCGAGCUCUCCAGACGAAAAUACUAGACAAGCACUGGCCAAUGCUCUGGCAGCAGCCCCAUCCAUGUGGACUCUUGGAAAUGCAGGCAUGGGAGCUUUGCAGAGACUUGCAGAAGAUAGUAACCCAGCAAUAGCUUCUGCAGCAUCCAAAGCCAUCAAGGAGCUGAAGAAACAGUGGGAAAUAGAAGAAGGAGACAGCUGGAGCUUUACAGUGAACCAAAAGACCACCAUGGAAGCCAAUGAAGCUAAUGACGAUGACGACGACGACGACGACG